UAUGUUUUAGCAGAUAGAUAAGCUGCUAUUUUAGUUGUCAUGCAGAGCCUUCCACACAAGCAUGCUAUAUGCUCAGUCUGAUUAUGUGGCGUUCCACUUACACGUUUGUCUUUUCUAUUUAGAGGUGGAUUGUGUAUUCAGUGUAGAUGUUGUCUGUAUUGGUAUAUAGUCUUGUUAGUUUGGGUGUGGAUCUUUGAAGGUAUAUCAAAUCCCACAGAAAAGGCUGUUUUUAGACACACAUCGACCUGAAGAUCGCCUGUAGUGUGAAGUGUCCACUCAGGAGAGAGGAGUAUGGACAGCCGGGUACCUGGAGGAAGAAAGAGCGGAUCUUUCAGACAUGCUUCUAUAAAACGCACCAUCUCUGGUUCUCAGAAGGGUCAAAAGGUAUGGAUUGAGAAGACAUUUCAAAAGAGAGAGUGUAUUCACAUCCUUCCCAGUAAAGACCCCACUAGAUGUAGCUGUGGUCGAUUGGCCAGUCAGCAUGUGGGACUCUUAUCAAGUCCAGCUGUUAAGAAUGAAGAGGAUCCAGUGGAAGGGGAGAGAUGGUCAGUGAAUAAGCACACUCAGGCUUCACCCACAGAUGCGUAUGGUGUCAUCGAAUUCCAAGGAGGAGGUCAUAGCUGCAAAGCCAUGUAUAUCCGAGUCUCCUAUGACACUAAACCAGAUGCACUGCUUCAGCUGAUGGUUCAGGAGUGGCAGCAGGAGCUCCCAGCUCUUCUCAUCUCAGUCCACGGAGGGCUGCAGAACUUUGACCUACAGCCCAAACUCAAGCAGGUGUUUGGGAAAGGUUUGAUCAAAGCAGCAGUCACUACAGGAGCCUGGAUCUUCACUGGAGGCGUCAGCACAGGUGUGAUGCGCCAUGUGGGAGAUGCACUGAAAGAGCACUCCUCUAAAUCUAGAGGGAAAGUAUGUGCCAUUGGAAUUGCCCCCUGGGGAAUUGUGGAGAAUAAGGAGGACCUCAUUGGCCAAGAUGUGACACGGCCAUACCAGACCAUGUCAAACCCACUGAGUAAGCUGUCAGUCCUAAACAACAGCCACUCACAUUUUAUCCUGGUGGAUAAUGGAACUCAUGGCAAAUAUGGUGCAGAAGUGCGCCUACGCAGACAACUAGAGAAACACGUCUCUCUCCAGAAGAUCAACACACGCCUGGGGCAGGGUGUGCCUCUGGUGUGCCUGAUCCUGGAAGGUGGCCCUAAUGUGAUCGCCACUGUGUGUGAGCACCUGCGUGAGGAACCUCCGGUGCCUGUGGUGGUCUGUGAUGGCAGCGGACGAGCAUCUGACAUCAUCUCAUUCGCUCACAAGUUCUCAGAGGGAAAUGGGAUGGUGAGUGAUGCUGUGAGGGACCAGCUGCUAGUCACCAUACAGAAGACAUUCAACUACAGCCGGAGUCAGGCCCAGCAGAUCUACCUCAUGGUGAUGGACUGCAUGAAGAAGCGAGAACUGAUUACAGUGUUCCGCAUGGGUUCAGAAGGCCAGCAGGAUAUUGAGAUGGCCAUACUUACCGCACUGCUAAAAGGGACUAAUGCCUCUGCUUGUGACCAGCUCAGCCUGGCCCUGGCCUGGAACAGAGUCGAUAUCGCCCGCAGUCAGAUUUUUAUUGGCCACAACUUGCCUCCGGGGGGUGCCCUACCAACCACAACCACGCCGCUUGAGAAGACCAAGAGCCCAGCAGCUGUGCGGGCGCCUGGGAAAGGGAAGGCAGCGCGUGGGAAAAAGGGCAAGGCAGGCAAGGCCAAGCCAGAGCCUCCCGAGGAGACUGACCCGCGCAAACUGGAGCUGCUCAACUGGGUCAUCUCUCUGGAGCAAGCCAUGAUGGAUGCAUUGGUGUUAGACAGAGUGGAUUUCGUUAAACUACUGAUUGAGAAUGGAGUUAACAUCCAUCACCUUCUCACCAUACCACGCCUGGAGGAGCUCUAUAACACGAGACUGGGGCCUAUAAACACUUUGCAUUCUGUGGUCAGAGAUGUAAAAAAGGGAAACCUUCCUCCAGAUUAUCAGAUUACUCUCAUUGACAUUGGAUUGGUCCUGGAGUUCUUGAUGGGAGGAGCAUAUCGUUGUCACUACACCCGGAAGAGUUUCCGGACCCUCUACAACAAUCUCUAUGGCCUGAAACGACCAAAAGCACUGAAGCUUCUGGGGAUGGGGGACGACGACCCACGUCCAAAAGGCAAAAAGAAAGGGAAGAGGAGGGAGGAGGAGGUGGACAUUGAUGUAGAUGACCCAGAGGUCUGCCGUUUUCAGUACCCCUUCCAUGAACUCUUGGUGUGGGCUGUGCUGAUGAAGCGCCAGAGGAUGGCCCUGUUCCUGUGGCAGCGUGGGGAGGAGACCAUGGCCAAGGCUCUGGUGGCGUGUAAGCUGUACAAGGCCAUGGCUGUGAGUCUGGAGUCUUCUCAGAGUGAAGUGGUGGAUGACAUCUCGCAGGACCUGGAAAACAACUCCAAGGAAUUUGGCCAGCUUGCGUAUGACCUGUUGGAUCAGUCCUACAAGCAGGAUGAGCAGGUGGCUAUGAAGUUGUUGACAUAUGAGCUGAAGAAUUGGAGCAACUCUACCUGUCUUAAGCUGGCGGUGGCCGCCAAACACAGAGACUUCAUUGCCCACACAUGCAGCCAGAUGCUGCUCACGGACAUGUGGAUGGGCUGCCUUCGGAUGGGGAAGGUUAAUGGCCUGAAGGUGAUCCUGGGUAUUGUAUUUCCACCAUAUAUUCUGCUCCUGGACUUCCGCUUCGGAGAUGACACAGCCUACCAAGGUGUGAGCGAAGACAACAAAGACCAGGAGGAUGACAAAUCUUGCAAGGACACAGAGUCUAAGAAGGAGGAUGAGGAGAACGCUGGGAAGAAGCAAAGGCGUGUCCCCAUUGGGAAAAAGAUCUAUGAGUUCUACAAUGCCCCCUUCACUAAGUUCUGGUUCAAUACUACGGCCUAUCUUGGGUACCUCAUGCUCUUCAACUACAUCAUCCUGGUCAAGAUGGAGCGCUGGCCUUCGCUGCAGGAGUGGAUUGUCAUCUCUUAUAUUAUCACUCUUGGACUGGAAAAGAUUCGCCAGAUUCUGAUGUCAGACCCUGGUAAACUAAAGCAGAAGAUAAAUGUGUGGCUGGAGGAAUACUGGAACAUCACAGACCUGGUGGCCAUUUCUGUGUUCCUGCUGGGCCUGCUGCUCCGACUCCAGAAUGAGCCCUAUAUGGGGUACGGGCGCGUCAUCUACUGCGUGGACAUCAUCUUCUGGUACAUACGUGUGCUCGACAUCUUUGGUGUCAACAAAUACCUGGGACCUUAUGUGAUGAUGAUGGGGAAGAUGAUGAUAGACAUGCUUUACUUUGUGGUGAUCAUGCUGGUGGUGCUGAUGAGUUUUGGUGUGGCGCGUCAGGCCAUCCUGCACCCUGAUGAGGAACCGACGUGGCGUCUGGCCCGGAACAUCUUCUACAUGCCCUACAUGAUGAUCUAUGGGGAAGUGUUUGCAGAUUCCAUAGACCUCUAUGCAAUGGAGAUCAAUCCACCUUGUGGGGAUCAUUUGUUUGAAGAAGAUGGCAAGAAACUUCCUCCCUGCAUUCCUGGAGCCUGGCUCACCCCUGCAAUCAUGGCGUGUUACCUGCUGGUGGCAAACAUCCUACUAGUCAACCUCCUCAUCGCAGUAUUCAACAACACAUUCACCCAGGUGAAGUCGAUCUCCAACCAAGUGUGGAAGUUCCAGAGAUACCAGCUCAUCAUGACCUUCCAUGACCGGCCCAUCCUGCCACCACCCCUCAUCAUCUUCAGCCACAUCUUUAUUGUGCUUAAACGCAUCUGCUGCUGCCGCCACAAGAGGGAGGGGGAACUGAGUGAGCGGGACAAAGGACUGAAGCUCAUCCUUAGCCCUGAAGAGUUGAGGAGUCUGUAUGAGUUUGAGGAGCAGUGUGUGGAGGAACACUUUAGAGAGAAAGAAGAUAAGGAGCAGUCCUCCAACAACGAGCGUAUCCGCAUCACAUCUGAGAGGGUAGAGAACAUGGCUGUGCGUCUGGAGGAGGUGAAUGAACGCGAGACCAAGAUGAAGGCAUGCCUUCAAACUGUAGACCUGCGUCUGGGUCAGAUGGAGGAGUUUGCUAGUCGCAUGAUGAAUGCUGUCCAAGUGCUAGCAGGGGUGGACUGCAGUGAACAUCUUCAACCUCGCUCGAGAAACUCCUCUAUCUGUGAUCCUGCAUCGUUAUGGCGACAUGGCAGCAUUCACAGUAGUGAUGGCUAUAGCCUACAUCGGUACCAUGCCGAGACAGACGGCCCGACAGGCGCUGAAGACAAAAUGGGAUCAGAAACAAAGCAGAGUGAGAAGCAAACACUCCCAGUGAUAGAGUUGGAACAGACUCUGGACUUGGUUUCAGCUACUGAAGGAACAGAGAGGUGGAACAAAAGCUCUUGCUUAGACCUCUCACCAUGUGAUACGCACGCCAAUACAAAACUAGCUACAAACCCAUCACUUGUUGCCAACCUUUUCCCUACACAACCCAAAGCACAAGAGGAAAGGGGUAGUCCUAUUGUUGAGAAACAGAAACUAGAAGCAGCCUUGUCAUACCCCCUGGAACACACCAGAGCUUUGCAGCACUAUUCUUUCCUACAGGUAACACCACCCGUCCUUGGACACGCCCACAAUAAUAAGACAGAAAAUCAAACCUGGGGAACGGAUGACAGUCAUGUUAAGAAGUGGGUUAGUCAGCCGCUGGCCACAAGUAACAAAUCCCUCUCCAGUCCUUACGGGGUGUCGGAGUUUGAAUACAGAAAACACAAUUUAAUGUUUCAAGGCACCGUGGUGAAUACAACUCAGAAGGUGGCAGUACACACAUGUAAUAUCAUGGAAGGCAAUGGAGAAAUAAAACGGGACUUGACGGACAAAGACAGAGGAGCAACGGAGAUACAAGUGCAAAAUAAAAUCGAGGAGAGAAGAGAAAUUGACAUGAAAAGUUUGUUUCUGUCAGAGAAAUCUAUGUAUCCGCCUUUGCGUUCCAAAAGCCUGCAUGCUAAUCCCUGGAACAUGAGGAGCUCUUACGAGAGUGUCGACAGGCCCUGCCGAUCAGCCAGUAGUGAGCAUGACCUCCCUGUAGCCUGUGAUGGAGGCCCUGAGCACCACUCGGACAGAGGGACAACAAAGAGAGAGGACAUUGACAGAGAUAGUAUGUUCAAAAACUGA